UCUGCAGGUGCAAGCAUCACCAGACUGCGAGAGCAGAAGAUAUUUAAUUGCACAUUUUGAAGCAGCGGGAAUCAAAACAACAAUGAUGAUCUCGGCCCACUUCACUUUGCUCUUUUUUUGGGUGACACAAGAAUUUGUGAACUGUGUUAAUAUGAAGACAACCGUUGAUCACAUGACUGUAGCGUUAGGAGACUCGCUUACAUUAGAUUGCACCUACAAUUGCUCCACCGGAUUUGUUCGUGGCUGUUGGAGUAAAGCAUCAGAUAGCUCUGGCUGUCAUGGGAUAAUCACAAAAAGCAACUUUUGCACAUUGUCUCUUCAUCUAUCAAAUGUGACCACUGAAGAUCUGAAGAAGAACUACACUUGCUACACACAACACACAGAUGAUUUUCAGCUUCAACAAAAAACAGAGCGUAUUGUUUUACUGCAGCUGCAAGCUCAAACAAGAGCCCCAAACCGGACAGUUACCCCAAAGACUGAAACUAAAAAUGCAUCUCUUCCUGCGAAGCCAAAAGAUUCAAGUGGAGGAGAACUUAGUGGAAUUAAGGUUUUAGCAACAGUUACCGUCACUGUUGCCAUGGUGCUUGCAGCAUUGGCUGUUUAUCUGUGUCUGAGCAGACAGAGCUGCAAUUGUAAAGGGGAGCCUGUUCUGUCCAGGUCAGGCUCACCACUACCCCCUCACUCUGUCCUCUCACCAGUGACUGGGCCACUGUCCACACAAAGUGAAAGAGUGACUUUGAGGAUUCCUACACCAGAAAAUGAGAGCGACACCGAGGUUCCAUAUGCAGACAUAAUGAUCACUGUCCGAGGCGUCAGUACACCAGAGCUCACUCAGGUCGGCUACUUGACUCCAGGGGAUCAAAAAGAGUGCUGGGGAGAUGACUUGAGGUCUCACCUGCAGUCUUCACGUUCAGCAGACAGACUGCAUGUCCCCCAUCCCAGAGACAUCAGCCGCAAGAUGAGCACCAACUCUGAGUACGCGGUCAUCACAUACGCCUAACUGAGGUCGUUGCUGCUGGAAGAGGAGAGGGAGAAAGAGCACACACGUCUGGUUUUAUUAUACUUGCCUAUAUACGUUAUCUGUGUUGUUUUAUGUAAUGCUAGUGUAUAUGUAAGUAUAUAUUGUUUUUUUAUGACUUCUAUGUUUAGAAUUAACCCGAAUAUUUUACCAAUAAAGCUUUUUGUCCUUGUGA